CCACCCACCCAAAUCGUGCUCGUCAGCAGGGCGGAGCCUCCUUCUGCUCAUGCGCGGUUCGCCAUGUUGAUAACACUAACAACAGCACCCAGAGAGAACGUCGGCGGAUGGUUGGAGAUCUUGAGGUUUUUCUCUCCAUUGUGCUAAACUUCCACUUUGAAUUUAACACCAGUUGAAAAGACAUUGCAACCCAGAUGACUGUAGACCCCAUCGCGUCACAGACAGGUUACCUUCCAGGCAGUUGGGUUUGUGAACUUAUAGGUUUUCUCAGUUUGAUUUGGCUUGGGAACAACAGGCAGUGUGCCUUGGUGCACUGUGCACACAUUCCUACACACACUCAUCUCCCCUUCCCUUUUUUCUUGUUUUUAAAUUAAGCACAGUGACUUUUCAAAGCGGUGGACGCCACAUAUUUAAAAUGUCCAUCACAAACACACCGACAAGCAACGAUGCUUGUUUGAGCAUCGUUCACAGCCUCAUGUGCCACAGGCAGGGUGGGGAGAGCGAGACCUUUGCCAAAAGGGCCAUUGAAAGCCUAGUGAAGAAGCUGAAGGAAAAGAAGGAUGAGCUGGACUCCCUCAUCACGGCAAUCACCACCAACGGAGCUCAUCCCAGCAAGUGUGUCACCAUACAGAGGACACUGGAUGGGAGGCUGCAGGUUGCUGGUCGGAAAGGGUUUCCCCAUGUUAUCUAUGCUCGUCUCUGGAGGUGGCCUGAUCUUCACAAAAAUGAACUGAAACACGUCAAAUACUGUCAGUAUGCCUUUGACCUGAAAUGUGACAAUGUCUGUGUCAACCCUUACCACUACGAACGGGUUGUGUCACCUGGCAUAGACCUUUCAGGAUUGACAUUACAAAGUUCUGCUACCUCAGGCCUUCUAGUGAAAGAUGAGUUUCAUGAGUACGUGGAGGGGCCGCAGUCCCUGCCCAGUGAAGGGCACUUGAUUCAGACCAUUCAGCACCAGCCGAGCAGCCGGCCUGCCACUGAGGCCUACAACACACCAGCCAUGCUACCGCCUUCAGAGUCCAGUAGUUCCAGCUCCACCAACUUUCCCAGCAUUCCUGUGGCUUCUUCAAGCCAGUCCAGCACUAUGUUACCAGGAAGCCACAGUGAUGGGCUGCUUCAGAUUGCUUCCGCUGCUCAGCCAGGAUCACAGCAAAAUGGUUUCCAGGCACAGCCUGCUACUUACCACCACAACCCAACUUUAACCUGGUCAGGAAGCAGGACAGUAACAUACACUCCCAACGUGCCCCACAACCAGAAUGGACAUCUCCAGCACCACCCGCCCAUGCAACAUCCAGGGCACUAUUUCUCUUCUUUUCCAGGGCAAGUGCACAACGAACUUGCUUUCCAGCCACCAAUAUCUAACCAUCCAGCUCCUGAGUACUGGUGCUCGAUUGCUUAUUUUGAGAUGGAUGUUCAGGUGGGGGAGACCUUCAAGGUGCCUUCAACCUGCCCCAUAGUCACCGUGGAUGGCUACGUAGAUCCAUCUGGAGGAGAUCGCUUUUGUCUGGGUCAGCUGUCCAACGUUCACAGGACAGAAGCCAUCGAGAGAGCCAGGUUGCACAUUGGAAAAGGUGUACAGUUGGAGUGUAAAGGAGAAGGAGAUGUCUGGGUCAGGUGCCUCAGUGAUCACGCUGUUUUUGUCCAGAGCUACUACUUGGAUAGGGAGGCUGGCCGAGCACCUGGGGAUGCAGUGCACAAGAUUUAUCCAAGCGCUUAUAUAAAGGUGUUUGACUUGCGGCAGUGCCAUCGGCAGAUGCAGCAGCAAGCUGCCACAGCGCAGGCUGCAGCUGCUGCUCAGGCUGCAGCAGUGGCUGGUAAUAUCCCUGGACCGGGCUCUGUUGGGGGAAUCGCUCCAGCUAUCAGUCUGUCUGCUGCGGCUGGGAUCGGUGUGGAUGACUUGCGGCGGUUGUGCAUCCUCCGAAUGAGCUUUGUCAAAGGCUGGGGGCCCGACUACCCACGACAGAGCAUCAAGGAGACCCCAUGCUGGAUCGAGAUUCACCUGCACCGUGCCCUGCAGCUUCUAGAUGAGGUCCUGCACACCAUGCCCAUCGCAGACCCUCAGCCUCUGGACUGAGCCCUACCGAGCCCGCACAUUGCAGGAGCCAGUUAGAACAGACUUAUACAAAUUUAUGUCGGAACCCAAUGACGUAUUCAAUCCUCGAUCUCCAUAUUCCUUUGACAAACCGAAGCUGCAAGGUUUCAGGCUCUUGCUGUUUUCCUUCGCACCUAUCAUGUAAACAGGGCCUUGCUGUUUGUGUUACAAGACACCUGGGCAAAUAGGAAGAAGCAAGCAUCCUGUUGGAAUUCUCCUGCCUGGCACUGAAAAAAAUAAAAUCAAUAGAAUUUACAUCCCGCAACAAGCUCGUCAGUGUUUCAACCUACAGCAGAAUGCCAUAUAAAAAACAGAUGCCUGCUUUUUUUUUUUGGGGGGGGGGGGGGCGGGGUGGGGGGUGUUUAAAUAUAACUGUUAUUUUAGCACUUUAAUUUUUUUGGUUUUGUUUUGUGUUUUCUUUAGAUUAAAAAAGAAAGAUGCUGAAAAAUUGUGCGCAUCUUUUAACUUAUGGAUCUGAUGGGUUUCUUCAGCAAAAGUUGAACUAUGCACACAUUUUGAGCAACAGAUUUAGAUAUGUAAAACAAAAAAAGGAAAAUGGAUAUCAUGAAUAGUCUAUUUUCCAGCACACAAUACUGAUUCUAUUUUAACACUAAAAACAAAAUCAAAAACUAUUCUGUUUUGACUUUUCUAAUAUACUUUUUUAUUUUUUUUUAUCAUAAUAAUAGCUUCACAAUUGGGCAAAUAUCAAGUUUUUAAUGCAUGUUAAUGUUACAAUAAACUAUCGUAAUACACAUUUAGUUACCAGACCUUUUUAAAAUUAAUCCCAACAUAUUAACUUGUUUUCCUUUUUAUAUAAAAACAAUAAAAUGUGUUAACGUAACCAGAGUGGAUCCAUGCUCAGUUAAAUUGGUUAAACUUUUAUAUGCUUGUAUUCAUUUUUGCAUCCUUGAAGAUUGUCGUGGUUUCUGUACUUUGGGUUUUAAUUACAGUCCCGAGUUCCAUUUUGAUGGGCUGAUCCCGCAAACUUUUUUUAAAUGAUCCUUGCCACUAUGUUUUGUAUAGAUGCUACUAGGAGUUCCUUCAGAUUUGAAAAGGUUAUUUUUGAAAUUUAAGGGCUGUAGUUACUGAUAUCUCCCUUUCACCUUUUGACUUGUUAAUCUAUAGAAAAUAAUAAUUUGCCAAGUUAGAAAUCAGUACAUGUAAAUGUUUAAUAUUGAAACCAUACAUAUUGAGCUUUCUGUAGGAAUAUAGAAAUGCAUUUUUCCCUUGUAUUUGAUUGGCACACCCUCUUUUUCCCACCUAAUUUGAGACAGCUAUAUGUGUUAACUUCAUUUGUGGUGGCUUUCUAUGCCAGAUUUUUUUUUGUUUUGUUUUCCUGGAAGAAAGUGUGUUCCCUUUUCACUAUUUUGACUAAGAUUUUUUAUUUUAUUUCUUGGUCGUCAACAUUGUGACCUUCAAGACAAAAUGUUAAAAGCAACCAAAUUAAAUUGUCAUUUCUUACAAGGUCUGAAUGAGAUCAUAGUGUAUCAAAAUAACCAUUUUUAUGUUCUAUGUUGGUUGGAAGGUAAAAUGUACAGCUAUGGGCAAAAGUUUUGCAUCACCUAGAAUUUUAGGAUUGAGACAAAAUAUAAUAUAUAUAUAUAUAUAUAUAUAUAUAUAUAUAUCUCAUGUAAUCACAAACUUCAAAAUGAUAUCAGCAGUGUAGAGUAGUGGUUAGGGCUCUGGACUCUUGACUGGAGGGUCGUGGGUUCAAUCCCAGGUGGGGGACACUGCUACUGCUGCCCUACUACUUUAUCUAGAUUGCUCCAGUAAAAACCCAACUGUAUAAAUGGGUAAUUGUAUGUAAAAAUAAUGUGAUAUCUUGUAACAAUUGUAAGUCGCCCUGUAUAAGGGUGUCUGCUAAGAAAUAAAUAAUAAUAUCGCAAACGUUUGGAAGCCAUAAUAAGAGUACAGUAUUUCAUGUUAGAUUUCAAAAUGUCACAUAGUUAAGUAGAUGGAAAACUACAAAGCGGUAUGUAAUUCAAUAUGUUAAUGUAACAUUAUUCAGCAGGUUUCAUUCUGCUUUAAAAAGCAAAAUUAGUUCAUUUUAUAGGGUGGUGCAAAACUUUUGGCCAUAGCUGUAUAAGCAAAUAAUGCUUCAGAUAAAUUUGCAUUGGCACUUUAAAAAAAAAAAAAAAAAAAAGUUUGUUACAUUAAAUACAAAAAUAAUGAUUUUAAAACAUUGAUAUUUGCAAACCCAGUCUUAAGAUUAUUUCAAUAAACUAUAUGUACAUGGUUCCCCAUAUUUGGACGAAAAAAUAAAGAUUCCCAAUAUGUUUAAAAACCUAGUUAUCUUUAAUUAUCACACAAGGUAAUUGUAUACAGAAGCAAAACUGCACAUUCAACAAAGAUUAGAUUAAGGUCUUUAGAUCUGUGAAAACUGUUACAAAGCCAAGGCAGGCUUCAGAGUAAUGUUGGUUGUUCCUAAUAUGGUAACUAUCAUUGUGUUGCACAAAUUAUAUUUUGAUAUAAGAACCUUGAUAAAUGAUUAGACAUCAAUGUGUGUGUUAACGUCUUAACACAAAUUAUGUUGUCCUUAAACACAUUAAGAUGUUUAAAAAUUAACUAUUUUAUAAGCCGUUCUGUGGUCUAAGUUUAUAAAACUUCAUUAUCUUAUAGUAUUUUUAAGUUAUGCUUUUGGUAUUUUAGAUGUAUACAUAUAGUAGUUAUAACCAUGCAUGGAUGACAUUUUUGCAGGUUUUAAAAUUGUAUAAUAGUUUUUUGCAUAGGCAUGUGUAUUUAUUUAGUGUUCAUGCCUUUCCAAGCUUUUCUGAUACGCUAUAGUAUUUGCAUAGACUACAAACUAGUUUUUUUCCCUUUUUUAAAGUUGAGAAUUCAUUUUCAACCAGUGGAAUAAACCAUUUGUGUGUAAAUGUAACCUCUGGCUAUGCAAAUUUCAACAGAAAACAUAAUAAAUUGUCCUGAAAGUUUAUGCAGACUAGUGGUAGAAGUUAUUGUAGUAAAUCUAGAUUUUUAGAAACUUUUUAAAGGCGUGUUUUUGUUUUGUUUUUUUGGUUAAAUAUCUGUAUGAACAGAUUUUGUUGUAUUCAUUUUAUAUUAAACACUACUACAGUUAAAUGCAAGGUUAUUUUUCCAAUGCAUAUUUUCAAGUUGAGAUCACCAGAAGUUCCCAAAAUGCAUAAUGUGUAGACAGACAUCAAUAAAAGCUUUGUGGUUAUUUCA